AUGUCCAACCUCCCUAUCGAACCCGAGUUCGAACAAGCCUACAAGGAACUCGCCUCCACCCUCGAAAACUCCACCCUAUUCCAGAAAAACCCGGAAUACCGCAAGGCCCUAGCCGUGGUCUCGGUCCCCGAACGUGUCAUCCAGUUCCGCGUCGUCUGGGAAAAUGACCAAGGCAAGGUCCAGGUCAACCGCGGCUAUCGCGUGCAGUUCAACUCAGCCCUGGGUCCUUACAAGGGGGGUCUUCGCUUCCAUCCGUCGGUCAAUCUGUCCAUCUUGAAGUUUUUGGGCUUUGAGCAGAUAUUUAAGAAUGCUUUGACGGGGUUAAACAUGGGCGGUGGAAAAGGUGGAUCCGAUUUCGACCCCAAAGGAAAAUCAGACAGUGAGAUCCGUCGAUUCUGCGUGUCGUUCAUGACGGAGUUAUGCAAGCACAUCGGCGCGGAUACGGACGUUCCCGCGGGCGAUAUCGGCGUCACUGGUCGCGAGAUCGGAUACCUGUUCGGUCAGUACAAGCGCAUCCGGAACCAGUGGGAGGGCGUCCUCACAGGGAAGGGCGGAUCUUGGGGUGGGAGUUUGAUCCGUCCGGAGGCGACGGGAUAUGGUGUUGUCUAUUAUGUCGAUCAUAUGAUCAAGUACGCAUCCGGGGGAAAGGAUUCAUUCGCUGGUAAGCGAGUCGCGAUCUCCGGAUCCGGGAAUGUGGCACAGUAUGCGGCGUUGAAAGUGAUCGAGCUGGGAGGUUCCGUGGUGUCCCUGUCAGACAGCAAAGGAUCGCUCAUCGUGCAGCAGGAGGGAGGCAGUUUCACUCCCGAGGAGAUCAACACCAUCGCCCAGCUCAAGGUCGAUCGGAAACAAAUCGCCGAGAUCGUCGAUACAGAGACCUUCAGCGGCGGCAAGUUCCGCUACCUCCCGGGUGCUCGGCCGUGGGUUCACGUCGGUGCUGUCGACGUCGCUCUGCCCAGCGCCACCCAGAACGAGGUCUCCGGUGAAGAGGCCCAGGCGCUUAUCAGUGCUGGCGCAAAGUUCAUCGCUGAGGGGUCGAAUAUGGGAUGCACCCAGGCCGCUAUUGAUAUCUUCGAGGCCCACCGUGAGGCUAACCCCGGCUCCGCUGCCAUGUGGUAUGCCCCUGGUAAGGCCGCCAAUGCCGGUGGUGUGGCCGUGUCUGGCCUGGAGAUGGCGCAGAACUCGGCGCGGUUGAGCUGGACCUCCGAGGAGGUGGAUGCGCGUCUCAAGGAUAUCAUGGACUCGUGCUUCAAGAAUGGUCUGGAGACCGCGCGCGAAUACGCCACUCCCGCCGAGGGCGUGCUGCCGUCCCUGGUGACGGGAAGUAACAUUGCCGGAUUCACCAAGGUGGCCGCCGCCAUGAAGGAGCACGGUGACUGGUGGUAA